AUGUCGGCAUUUUCCACAAGGCCUUUGGGUGGCGUGCUCCUGUCCUUGGAGCUGAUGCUGCCACAGAUCUACACAUUUCAGGUGUAUUGGGGAUGCUUUGUUGCCGCCUUCUGUGGGGCCGUGUCAACGUAUCUCCUCAAGACCUGGGCCUCUGGCGCGGGCUACGCCCAGCUUUUGGAUUCCGACGUCUCCCCGAACGAAGGGAUGGUUAGGAACUAUCCCUUGGGCUGUGCGGUAUUCUGCCUCGUCAUUGGUGCCGUUUUCGGCCUACUGGGUGGCGCUUUCAACUUGAUGCACGACCGUCUGGCCCGCCUCUCUUCUAAGUUCUGCUCGGUGCGUGGGCCCGUGCGCGGCUUCCGCUGGCGGGACUUGGCCAUGGUCAUGGCCGUCGCAGCCCUGAAUUCUGGACUCACUUGGCCGCUGGCUUUGCUCCACGGCCAACAGCAGCCGGCCCUGCUGAACGCGCUGUUCAGCAAAGGCUUUCAUGGGAGCGCAUCGUGGGUCAACGAGCCGUUGGGCCCAUUCCUGACGCUCCUCGCAGCUACGCUCAUCAAGCUGCUGCUGACGCUGCUCGCGCUGUCGUGCCCCACGCCCACUGGGGUCAUCGCGCCGACGAUGGUCCUAGGGGCCCUGAUGGCCCGCGCGCUAGUCUACUUGCUGCCCAAAGUCUGGCUGGCAACGGUCUUGGCAGCGCCUGGCGAGGAUCCCAAUGCGGUGCCAGAGGAAGCUAUCGGUGCAUUGGCGGCGCGGUUGGCUAUCGUGGGCUCGGCUGCGUUCGCUUGUGGCGUCUCUCGCGCUUUUGGAGUUGCCAUCACAACCUUCGAGGUGCUCUCGCUGGACAGCAUGGUUCUCCCUCUCAGCUUGAGUAGCCUGGCCGCAAUCUUCACGGCCAACUUGAUCGCGCUCCCCUUCUUUGACCUUGGCCUAGUUCGGAAAGGCUGGGGAUGCAUCAGCGAGCUCACGUGUACCUCAAAGGCCGAGGAGCCCGCGUUUGAGCUGAUGGAGGCGUACACGGAGUUUCCGUCGCUGGAAGAGAGAAUUAGCUGCCGCGGCGCUAGCGAAGCCUUGGCCUUGAAGCCGCAGCAGUUCAGCUUUCCGGUGGUUCGCAGGGACGCCCACCUGCAAAAGCUCCACCCACAUCACGGCAUCCUCCUUGGCGCUGUCACGCGUCAGGCCUUGGAGGAGGUUCGGCGACAGCUGGAGGAAAAGCAGAUCGAUGAGGAGGUGGACCUGAUGCAGAUGCGCUGGCCAGGAGAUAAUCAUCUCCUUGCCGAUCCCGUUCCGCUGUCGGUGGACCCGCUGGCCACCGCACAGGAGCUCUACGUGAUGCUGAAG